AGAUCCAAAUGUCACGACGCUGAUCCGAUAAGUUUCUUUUCGCUAAAAUAAAGGGCAAGUUUUCCUCCUCGUGCCGAAAAAUGGCCAAGAAAAAAACAGACGAUAAGAGCGACGAAAGCUCGAAACUCAACGACAGCGAUAGCGGCUCGGAAGAACCGAAUUUCAGUGAUCCCGAAGACUAUGUGGACGAUAUCUCAGAUUCUGAACUUCUCGGAGACCUUUUGCACCAAAAACCCAAAGAAACCGACGGCUACGAAAACGUAAUCGUAGUGGACGGAGUCCCGCAAGUCGGCCCCAACCGUUUAGAAAAACUCAAAUCGGUAAUUAACAAAAUCUUCAAUAAAUUCGGCAACAUUGUCAACGAGUACUACCCGGUGACCGCCGACGGUACCACCAAGGGCUACGUUUUCCUCGAAUACUCCAACGCCAACCACGUUUUGGAAGUCGUCAAUUUGACCAACAACUGGAAACUCGACAAGCAGCACACUUUAUCGGUAAACUUAUUCACCGACUUUGACAAGUAUGACUCAAUCCCUGACAAAUGGGAACCGCCCACUCCCAGUCCUUAUGAAGGCCAAGCAGAUCUUCAUUAUUAUUUGCUGGAUCCUGACGCGUACGAUCAAUUUGCUGUGGUUACUGUUAAUGUACAAAGCGUACAAAUUUGGCAGAACACUUUGCCCGAACCCACUCUUGUUGAGGAGCGCAACAAUUGGACUCAGACCUACAUAAAAUGGUCCCCUUUGGGUACUUAUUUGGCUACUUUCCAUAAAUUGGGAAUAGCUUUGUGGGCGGGGCCGCAAUUUACCCAGCACAAAAAAUUCACUCACGCUUAUGUGCAGUAUAUUGAUUUUUCUCCUUGCGAGAAAUAUUUGGUUACUUUUUCAGCACAAGGAGAUCCCGCUAAUCCUGAUCAAAAAAGCAUUAUUAUUUGGGAUGUUAGGACUGGAUUGGAGAAAAGAUCUUUCAAUCCUGAAGGCCCUUCAGCUUGGCCCAUUUUCAGGUGGUCCCACGAUGAUAAGUAUUUUGGUAGAGUUGGCAAUGAUGUUUUGUCAAUUUAUGAAACACCUUCUUUUGGUUUACUGGACAAAAAAUCUAUCAAAAUCAAUGGGAUUAGGGAUUUUAAUUGGUCGCCCACUGACAAUGUUGUUGCUUAUUGGGUAGCAGAAGACAAAGACGUACCUGCUAGUGUUACCUUAUUAGAACUGCCCAAUAGGAAUGAAAUAAGGAAAAAGAACCUGUUUAAUGUGGCUGAUUGUAAAAUUCAUUGGCAGAAAUCUGGGGAUUAUUUGUGUGUAAAAGUUGACAGGUAUUCAAAGGUGCGCAAAGAAAAAAACGAAACCAAGUAUUCUGGAAUGUAUUGCAACUUUGAAAUUUUUCAUAUGCGUGAAAAGCAGGUGCCUGUUGACAGCGUGGAAAUUAAAGAGCCAAUACAGGCUUUUGCCUGGGAGCCUGUUGGUACUAAAUUUGCAAUGAUACAUGGUGAAUCGCCAAACAUCAAUGUCAGUUUUUAUGAAGUCAAAGUAGGCCUUGCCCCGAUUUUGCUGAAAAAAUUCGAAAAACGUGCUUGCAACCACCUGUUUUGGUCCCCUGGAGGGCAAUUUAUUGUUUUAGCAGGGCUGGGUGCCAAUGGAGGUGGCUCAUUGGAAUUUGUAGAUACCAACGAGUUUUUGGUAAUGAAUACAACUGAUCAUUUCCAAAUGUCUGAUGUUGAAUGGGAUCCUACUGGUAGAUAUAUUUUUACAGGAGUGUCUUUUUGGAAAUGCAAAGUGGAUACUGGUUAUUGGAUGUGGUCUUUCCAAGGCAAAAUCCUCAAACGUAUCAACUUGGAACGUUUUGCGCAAAUCCUUUGGCGUCCCAGGCCUGCAACGCCUCUCACCGAAAAACAACAAAAAGAGAUUAAAAAGAACCUGAAGAAAUAUUAUGCUCAAUUUGAGAGCAAAGAUCGUAUGAGGCAAUCAAAAGCUUCUAAGGAACUUAUUGAAAAACGUGCAGCUCUUAUGGAAAAAUUCAAUCAAUACAGGGAGCAACAGAUUAGCCGUUGGGAAGAGAAGAAAUCCAGGAGAAUGGCUUUGAGGAAUAAUGUGGAUACUGACGAGUUGGAUGCGGAUACGGAUAAUGUGGAAGAAGAAAUUGUGGAAUUCUUUGUCAAGGAAGAAAUCAUCCCAAUUGAUUAAAACUGCUAGAGUCGACAGUAUUUUGCCCUGAACAAUUUCCAUUGGAGAAGUUGUGCAGGGACUUGGCCAUUUUUUUUUUCAGAGGAAAACUGCUCUUGAUUUUUUUUUUGAUUAUAUCAUUUUAUUCGUGGAUCACUCUAAGGUUUUUAUUUUAAGCGUAACUCUUGUAUUUUUAUGCAAAUUCAGGCGUUGAUUAAUAAUAAAGUUCUAUUAUUAUUUGGAAUUUGUUUUAAUUAUUAUGAAAACACGCCGUCACUGGUCAGGUCUGCCACUGUGGUUCAAGUUAGUGAUAAGGAAAGGAAGUUUGGACAAGGAGAGUUACUCUGAUGGUUGUUUUAUUGAAUUAAAAGGAUGAAGUUUACAUUAUGUAAUUAAAUAGUAAAUUACAGUGUUGUCCAAUAUAUUUUUCAAGAUAUUAAACAGCAAUAUAACCCCCAUCAACGUAAACAUUAGAUCCUGUCGUCAUCGAAGACAUAUCGCUCAAAAGAAAAAUGACAGAAUUAACAACUUCAUCCACUUCGCCAAAUCUGCAAACAAAACCAAUCAGAAAUCAAAAUGUAUCGACUCAAAAUUACUCAAGUACCUUCCCAAAGGUAUCCGGUCCAACAUUGGCGCAGCGACUUUGGGAUCAGACCAACCCAAUCGUCCCAUAUCGGUCAUGAUCACAGUAGGAUUGACGUUGUUCACUCGUAUGCCAUGUCGGCCGUAAUCCAAAGCGAUGGAUCGUGUGAACGCGUCCACUGCCCCCUUUGAAGCACAGUAAACCGAGUGAUUGGCUAGACCUGCUACGGAGGCUUGUGAGGAAAUGUUCACAAUGGAACCCGGCGCUUUUCUUGCCAAGAGGUUCUUGAUUACUUGCUUGGUCACGUUUAUCAUGGAUUUGAUGUUGAUGGCGAAUACCCUGGAAAGAAAUU